AUGGGUGACUUCGAUUGUUACUGCAUUCUAUGCGCUGUCACCUUAAACCUCUGGUCUAUCGGGAUUGGAUCGAGGAAGGGAAAGGAUUUGCGCAAGAGGGAGCGUAAGGUAGACAGAGAAAAGAGGAGCCUUGCUAGAAGGCGUGUUGGAGAGAACCGGUACUCGCCGGAAGUCGAGAGCGAAGAUGGUGACAGUGGAGCGGAAGAUGCGCCUGACGACGAAGCCAUCAAGAAGCGACUCAUUGAGCUGCAAGAGCAAGCCGAAGAUGAUGCAGACUCUGACUUUGAAGACGAAGACAAAUCCCAUUCUUCAAACUCAUCUGAAGACACAGAGUCCAUCGACAGCAACGACUCCGACUUGCCGACAGGAUCAUUUGAGAUUAACGACGUGGCUAUGCGACCUCUCACCCCCGAACCAGAGCCCGAGCCUAUGGAAGAAGUAGACAGUGAUAGUUGGUCACAAGCUUCCGAGUUAUCUCUUGAGGAUGAAUGGAUCCCCCAUAACAGAACCGAUCGCCAUGACGAGGAAGACAGCUUCGAUCCUAGACUACUCCGACUAGAAGACUUGGUGUGGCUCAAUCGAAGCCGAGCACUGGCACUCAAUCAUGAGUCUUCUUCAGACUACCCAAAAGCCUAUUUCUCUGGCAGAGGUCGAUACGAGGGCCUCGGCGGGUUUGAGGUUAAGAAACCUGGACAAGAUCCGAACGAUCCUGGUGAAUCCUCGCUGAACGUCACGGCAUACGAUAGCGAGGAGAACAUGGCUUUUCCGUUCCACGAGGCUUGUUUUAAUAUUCUCGCGAACAGCGUAGGGCUUGAGAGGGGAAGGGAAGUUAACAAGGAUGUAAUGUGGGAGGCCAUGAGAGCCCAAUUGACGGAUGAAAGACCUGUUUUGAAUGUCGAUUAUAAGCUUGACAUGUGCCAAGAACAAUAUUGGCACAAUACUCCAGGUGAGGAGUAUUCGGUGUGCGAUCCUUCUCCGCGACCCUCUCUCAGAGAAAGGAUUCCAGAUAUAUUACCCGCCUGUAUCCUGGGUAGAGCCUCGGAGGUUGUGGACUUGUCGGACAAAGUGCGUAGCGAUCCAACCCACGUCCUUCCAUACGACAUUCUCCUCGAAAUCAUUGGAUACAUGGACACGGAGGACAUGUUAUCAUUUAUGAAAGCAUCCUACCACGUCAACAGCUACACUCGUGAAGCUGCCUUCUGGAAACACAUGCUACGCAUUCGAAUCUUGCCUUGGUUUGACGAACUCUGUUACUUCGUCGAGACUACCAGUACUGAUGCAAUCGACUAUAAAGGCCUCUUUCUCUGGAUCGAUGCAUUAACUCGUCCCGAAAUUGGCAACCAGGGGCCGCUUAUGCACAUAGCGAACCGACGCAGGAUCUGGGAGUGCUGUCAGCCACUAGCCACGCUUUACAAGGAAAAGGUUGGCCCGGUCAAACCUGCUGAACUGGAAAAUUCAGAGGAAGCCAAGGCGAUACUAGAGAGUUCGUUAUGCUUGCACAUGCCAAUGACAAUGUAUCCGGCACCCGAGGAUCCGGAAAUCAUUUCUGCACAAUUCAUCCACGCAUGGAAUGAGAUUGGUCAUCGCUCAUGCGUCCUUGACACGUACUGGAAUGAUCACGGUUCACGGCAGGAUGCGUUCUUAGUUGGCAUAUCCAUUACGUUGGGUGGGCAACGACGAUUACUUGGUAGUGCGGAGGGGAAAUCGGGACGUCCAUUGCAUAUUGAAAGUGGAGAAUGGAUCAAGCAGAUCAUAUGCAAAAUCGAUGAGAUCGAUAUGUUAAACAACAAUGAAGACAGGAGCGCGUACCGCGGACCUGAGGAUGCGAAGCCAUCCAGGACUGUUUACAUCAGAAAUCUUCAGAUAUUGAUGACUACUGGAAAAGUAAAGACCGUGACAAAUUACCACCGCACCAACACUAUGAAGCCGCUCUUAGUAUUGGAUGGUAUGCAUCUAGUGGGUUUGACAGGCCAGAUUGCUCCAAAUGGCGCCAUCUCACGCCUCGGUCUCCUUCAAGCUCCCAAACCAGACCCAGCAUCAACCCCCCGGCUGCAAUACGACCCUGCUCAGCAGCUAACAUGGACGCCUCAUGCAAUGUAUCUUCCCUGCAAGCAGAGCAUGACUAAUUCGAACCAUUGUCCGAUAUGGUCACAUCCUUCAUACCAUUACGAUCUCUUUCCUGCAUCUACUCACAUUUCGCCGCUCGAUCCACCUGAAGAAAUGAUGAUGCACGAUAUCUUCCUGUGGGAUACGACCUCCAUUGAAGUCUUUCAGCCUGUUGGAGCGACUAUUCGCGACCUACCCAAUCGGAUAUUAGAUGGACAAUCAACGAAAGACUCGGCCCCAUCGACUAAUGCAGCAACCACUUCCCGCUCUAUCCCCGGCUCCUUCCCUGGAACAGAAACUUCGUCCACCAACAUGGCAUCCCCCUCUUACCAAUUCCAAUCCGGCCCCGACAUCGUUGGUAUCCGUCCCGCUCCCCACAACCGCUACGGCGGUCGCGGCCGCGGCGUCGGCUGUGAAGGACCUGUCCCAGCCCAACACCCUCGUUGGACGCUCGGCAUGAAGCCUCUCCAAGAAACAAUAUUGGCAAUGUGGAGGGAGCUCCACGAAAAUAACGUUCGUCGAUGGGGCCAGCAUCAAAACCAAGAGACUGGCGCUUUUGAGUCCCCCGAUCACAAAGACACCAUUGUGUUUCCCCUGAACGAAGAAUCCAUUACUGAAGUCCACGUCGAGCAACAGUACCGCGCUUUCAAACUCGUUACGCAGUCUGGUCGUGUUGGCUAUUUCGGGGUGCCGGGGUGCAAAGAUUGGUGGGUUAGGAAGGUGGUGAAGGGAGAGCGUUUCGUGGGAAUUGUGAAAGUCUUGGAUAAAUACCGCAAAGUAUAUACUUUGCGACGGAAGCCGUUUAUGAGCUCGCCGUGGUUGCGGCUCGACGACAACGACGAGAUGCACGACUCGAUUGAGGAACUGCGCAAUCCGCGGCAGGUCAAGAAUGACUUUUUGAAGUAUCUAAAAGAGGAGGUGUUGAAGCUGAACUUCUAUCGUGCGCAUAUGCUGUACUUUAUCGUCGUUAUCGCGAUCUCGUCGGUUAUUGUUUAUGGGCAGGGUCUUGCCAGUGGACCGAAAGAGCUUGGAGGAGAGCACCUGACCUACACCGAUGCGCUGUUCUUGUGCUGCAGUGCUAUGACAACUACGGGGCUCAAUUCGGUUGACCUGGGAGAUCUCUCCGGCUUUCAGCAGGCUACAUUUGCUGUUCUCCUGAUGAUUGGCAAUAUACCAUUCGUCUCUACGGCUGUGGUACUCAUCAGAAGAGCACUAUUCCGCAAGAAGAUGGCAGACGUCGUCAAGCAUUCGCAUACGAUGCAAAGACUCGUGCGAGAUAUUGAGAACAGCAAUUCGGAUCAAAACGAAAGUAGCAGCAGUACCGCGAGUGUGCGGCAGCGACCCAAGGCAAAGUCAAACCAAGCAACAAAGAGUACACAGCAACGAGAUUAUGUGUCGCCACAAGUAGAGAUAAAGCCUGUGUCUAGAAGAAGAACCUAUCACUACGAAACCGGAUUUGGUUUUAUACCAACGCCUUGGGAGAUCAAGUCCGCUCGUAACUUCUUCAGCCGCAUGUUGGACCGCUUCUCUACAGAGCUGAAACCCGAGAGACAUGACUACGUCUCCUUCAAACCGCAUCUCGAUGCUAAGGGACGAUUUCGAGAGCUCAGCGAGCAGGAUCGCAUGGAACUCGGAGGUGUGGAGUAUCGUGCACUCCAGACUCUACUGCUCAUCCUGAUCGGCUAUCAAGUGUUCUGGUACCUGCUUGGUAUUACUUUCUUGCUACCGUAUGCAUAUAGAGAUGAUACCAAGAGCAUAUUGUAUGGAGAACAACCAGGUGGCAUCAACCCAGGAUGGUGGGGCUUCUUUGCUACGGUGACCGAGUUUUCCAAUGGUGGACUCAAUGUGCUCAAUGCCAAUUUCGUCCCCUUCAGCGGAAAUUGGUAUGUCCUACUAGUCGCUGCAUGUUUAGCAUUCGCCGGUCAAACGCAGUUCCCGAUCCUACUCCGCAUCACUAUAUGGAUCUUGAAGAAAUUGUUGCCAAAAGAGUCUCGUAUGAGGAACACGAUGCAAUUCCUCCUACAACAUCCACGACGUUGUUUCAUAUACCUUUUCCCUAAACGCGAAACAGUGUAUCUCUUUGUUGUCCAACUUGGCAUCGACAUCACAGCCUGGCUUUGCUUUGAGAUUUUGAAUAUCGGCAUGCCAGACGUUGAAGGUCUCUCCGCUGGCACUCGCGUUGUGGACGGACUCUUCAUGGCCAGUGGACUACGUACCAGCGGUGCAUACAUUAUCAACAUGAGUUCUCUCGCACCGGCAUGCUUAGUGGCAUACCUCGUCAUCAUGUACGUUUCGAUAUACCCCAUGACGAUGGUACUGCGCAAAACGAACACGUAUGAAGAAAAGUCGAUUGGGCUAGAGCAGGAAGACAACAGUGCUGCUGGUAUUGCAUCACAUCUGCAAAAACAGCUUUCCUACGACAUCUGGUUUCAGUUCUUUGUCUUCUUCCUUAUAUGCUGCAUCGAGCGAGGACAUAUUGUCAAGGCAGAUCCGGGAUUCAGCGUCUUCUCGAUAUUGUUCGAAGUCACAUCAGCAUAUGGCACUGUGGGCUUAAGCCUUGGUGUACCGGGCAAGAACUAUAGUCUGUGCGGCGAUUUUGCGAGCUUGAGUAAAGUCGUCUUGAUGGCUGCGAUGCUGCGUGGCAGGCAUCGUGGCCUACCUCUAGCAAUCGAUCGAAGCAUCCUUUUACCUGGCGAAGAGCUCAUGCAUCGUAUGGAUCAAGAGUACAGCGCGAAGGGUACAGAAGACCCACAAGAAGAAGCAGAGCUUAGGAGUGACAUUGAGAGAAGUGGUGAGCAUCAGCAGAAGCCUCGAAAGGGUGAGCAAGACCCAGAGGACAGGAGAGGAUCGCAACCGAACAAUGAGAAUGGUCAGGAAGAGGGGCAUGAGACAGUCGCACAAUCUAACCCCUGA